GCUGUUUGCAAGUGCAGCCAAAUACCAUGGAAACGAUCCAUGGCGUCAGAUUUCUCGGGGGCCGGGGGUUCCCCUGACGCGGUACGAAUCCAAAAAGACCAAAAAUCAGAGCCAAUUUCUUUAGCUCCAAAGUAGAUUGUGUUGUUUCCCUACGUCUGGCACAUGAAGAAAGCAGUUUCGUAGUGAUAUUCGGCCUGCUCCAUGGCUUGCUUGUCGGCUCUAUCUCGCCGGCUGAACGGCUCGUGCUGCCCGAGGUUGUGCUCGCUCGGAGUACGAUUGGAGCACGAUUUGACCACUGAUGUGCCAACGACAGUUGGUAAUGUUCCUUGGGUGCCUCCUCCUGUUCCACCAGCCACAUCCCUGUAUGUCUGGGGUUGCAACUUAGGCGGCAUGCUGGCCGCUAGGGAGCACACGACGGCACGCAUCUCCACACCGGAGGUGUUCCCCAUGGCGCCAGUCAACCUGCGCCGCCCAUACCAGCACGUCGCGUGCGGCGUGGACUUCACGCUCGUCUCAACGCCGCGCGGCAAAGACUACGUGUACAUGGGCAGCAAUGCCUACAUGGCACAAGCACUCAACCUAGCCGGUGCUGUCUGGGCUAACGAAGAUGUCAAGGAUCGCAAUCUACCCAUGUAUGAUCCGGAGCAAUCCGACGAGUACUUUCAUACCGGUUGCGGUGCCUAUCAGCUUCACUGUCAGUUCUGGCGAUACACGGGAAUAUCGAAAAUGGCUGCCGGUCGUGCUCAUGCCAUAUUCCUGUCAGAGAAUGGAGACCUGUACUUUGCAGGUCGGCACGACGAACUGUCGUAUCCGAUCCCGAAAGAUCUGGUGGAGACCAAGGAGGGACAGCUGGACUAUCGCUUGCUGGCACCGUACACAGUCGGCGCCGAUGACGCGGAGUUGCGAGAAAGCAAAUCCGUCACCGCGUAUGCCGUCACCCAGGGCUUGCAGCGCCUAAUGCACAGCAAGGACGUGGCAUUCAGAGACGUUGCUUGCGGCCUAGAACAUACAUUAGUUACAGACUAUUACGGAUUCCUGUACUCCUGGGGGCUGAACACUGAUGGCCAGUGUGGGCGCGGUACAGAUGAAUUGAACUGUGGGUUUGGUCUGGUGGAGGGCCCCAUGAGCAAGGUGGCAGUACGUGCUUUGUCGACUUGUGCCGACAGCUGCAUAGCUUUGGACAAGCUUGGCCGGCUGUGGACGUGGGGAAACAACGAAUAUCACCAGCUGAUGCUACCCACCGAUGAGCCGCAGGUGCGCUCUCCGACUUUAGUGGAUAAGCUGCACUUGCAGUCCGCCAUCGGAAAUGACAAUCGUGUCGUCAACGUCGCUAUGGGAGGUGCGUUUGGAGCACUGCUGGACGUCGACGGCAAGGUUUGGACGUGGGGGUGGGGUGCCGGUCUGGGCCAAGGCGUCGACAACAAGUUAGCUCGCUGGCCGAGAAAAGUCGACUUGCCCGGUAGAGCCACUAAGAUCGUGGCGGGUAUAAACAACAUGGCAGUCAUCAUGGAGGACGGCAGCAUGUAUGCGUGGGGUGCGGCUAUUCACGACAGCGUUCCCGUGCGGGCCACACCAGGUGCCGGCGAGCACCAGCAGAUCGAGGCCGCCGCCAGCAGCAGUCAGACUGGCGAUGCAGCGGCGCUCGUUGAUGCAGAGGCGAUGACGAAAAGCGUUUGGGCGCCGCGUCUCGUCGACUUUGACUACCCGGUGCUGGACUGCGCGGUCGGACCACACCACAUGGUGGCGCUGGUGGAGGAAGUGGAGAUCUGAGACCAGACUGUGCACCACAACGUGUUCGAAAACGGACACCUGGAGCAGAACACUGGGAUAAGUAUCUUGAGAUGAAGUUCAGUCCACAACAGUCCAGCCAUGUAGGCAUUUGCCAGAGCAGCUCUGACUUUCAACUUCUUGCCAGAAGGAUACAGUCAUAAGUGAUUGGUCAACAACCCAAUAACCCAGUAGCUGCAAGUCCUGCAAAGUGAUGGCUUGGCUUUGUGCAGCUACGCCGGAGUGGAGUGCUGGGGACAUUGAUGAUGGGGGUGACAGCAUGGCUUGAGAGUACCCCUGCGAUGAGCAUCAGUAAUGACAUCAUCACAUGGAGACUGUGUCAGUAUGACUCACAGGACAGGGAUGUGUGGUGGCGGUGAUGUCAUCGCCUAGAACUGGCUCUAGCAUCAGUAGUAACGGACGACAGCAAACAACUGUAAUGAUUAUGUUACUAUGACGAUGCUAUGGUGUUGUUGUGAGUACAGACGAAUAGCUGUCUUGACAACGUUCCGCUGUCCUAUUGCAGUAGCUGUAUGUGCUGCUGCUGCUGCUGGAAUAGACUAACCCCAACUGCUACCGACAGCCAUUCAUUGUGUCAGCAGUUUGUAGUACAAACAAGUGACAAUCAUACAGAAAUGCAGUAAGCAGUGGACAUGCUUGCAGUGCCAGUACUCUUGGCGGCCUAGCCUACUCUUCCUCUUGCAGUACUGCCUUUCGCUGUCACUGCCCUCUUCAUGCUUCUCUGGCUAGAUAAGAGUGGCUAUUCUGAUGCAGCUAUCACCACCACCUGGCUGUGCCUGGCAGCUACAGCUUCAUUUUCAGCUAUUACUUGGCUUGGUAUCGUGCCACCUACCUUGCCCUGCACAGCCCACUCGGUUUGCCGAGUCCGUGCUUUUCUA